AGCUGAUCAAUUAUCAUCAUAAAAAACAUUCACUGAGGAGAGUUCAGUACAUGAAACACUGGGGGCUUCAGACAAAGUGAAACACAAAAACGUAUCACAAAAAGCCCAAAUGAUAACAGUGUUUCCCCUGGGCUUUACGGCUUUGGGGACCAGGGGUGAGUGGAGUGGCCAAACACGUUGACAGUUGACAAAAAGGAGUCAUAUUUAAAAACCACACUUUAGAAAACUCUUUGAAUGUGUAACCCAGAUGUAGUUUGUGCAAAAAAUGUCAAUAUCAAAUAUUCACCAAAAUCAACAUACUAUAUACUAGGACUCACAUAAACACCAUAAAAUGCCAGUUUCUGGACUGCAAUAUAACACCAGGUGUAUAACAAGUGUUAAUGAUGGAGGUCAGAGUCAAAUCCCAGUCUCUGUAUUAUAAAUACAUCAGAUACUCAGACUACAAUACUCUGACCAGAAGAUCUUCCAAGAAGAUUGUUUCUUCUUCAUUAAACCUUGUACAGGGCAGUUUUCUGAAGAGCAAGGAUUAGUUUCAUCCACCAGUAAAAGUUCACAGCAGAAUCACUCAGGAGUUAGGAUCUCUGAUCAUGGUCCAAACAACCAGGUUUCCAAACACAUUGUUCCAAAAAGCUUGUGGCACUUUGUAACAUGCGAUUUUCUUCUAACGACCACCGAGUAGUUUCACCCACCAGUAAAAGUUCCAAGUUCUCUAGAAGCCGGAGUGUGUGUCCAUGUGUUUGUUUGUGUAAAACAGAGGGCAGGAAAUUAAAUGAAAUAUCUUAAAUUAAAUCAGUAACAUUAUUCCUUAUUAAAAGAACAUAGUCCAGAUGUGUUCUAUAGGAAAGUGACCUGAAAUGAGUUCUGUUGCGAUUCAGUGAUCUAAAUUAAAUUCAUCGGACUUUGGGGUGAGGAGGGCACCCCGACUUGAGGGAAGAGGAAACACUGGAUAACAUACUCUUUUUUGUUUGUUUUGGUUAGCUAUGGCACAGUAGCUUAUAUUUAUACUUGACACUGAAAUACUUAACAAUCACCUCAGUAAGACAGAGGUGUCACCAUACAGUGGUCACAGCUGGUCUCUGUGGUUGGCUGCUCAACACCACAGCUCUCAGUGGUCUGAUAAUGAUGGUGAUAAUGAUUACACACCUGAACACCUGUUAUUACUGGAGUCACACACACACACACACACACACACACACACACACACACGUCAACACAACUAUACAACCAAUACCCUGUGUCUUAGUGUUUGUGUCCUCGUGACAGAGUUGCCUUGGUACACCUGUCAGUCACCUGCUGUGAUGAUGAUAGUAAGAAAACACACCUACCCAUACACACACACAUCCACUCAGACAUAUAUACUCUCUCCCUCUCAGAUUUUUAGAGAAGAUCAGCCUCAGAUUUCAACAACUGCUUUCAGGAUUCAGGAUUCAGGAUCGAUGAUUGACCACCUGAACUCACUUUCGACCUUCAGGAGCAUCGAUUGACUCUUAUAUGUUCAUCUUCAAAAAGGAACCUGUUCUCAAAGCAAUGGAUUAAACUAAACCAGACAGUGGAUAAACUCAACAAAACCCAAUUAAACUGAACUGGAUGGAAAACUGAGGUUUUCUUUUUCCUUGAAGUGGAGAACGUUCUCAGUCACUGUUCUGCAGUGGCAAUGGAACCUCGCUGACAACACUGUGACUCAUCAAAUAUUGAAGACAUGACUGCCUCCAACUACAAGAUUAUAAUUGGAAGGAUUUUCAUGGAGAAAAAUCAAAGUCUUCCAAGACCUGACAGCAACCACUGGUUAGGUGACUGAUGUCAAUGCUUUGCCUAGAUCCAUCCGUGUGAUUAAUAUUUUUGUUAGUUUUUUUCACAUCUUUGUAAUAGUUUUCUUUUCAUUGGGGAGUAUUGCAAAUUUUAAAAAAAAUCAGCAUUUAAAACAGACUGGAGACCACAAGACCUACUACCUAUUUAGUUUUAUGACGCUCUGUGUGUGUAUGUUUAAGGGCACCACCUGGCGGUUAUUUGAGGAACUGCAUUCCAUUCAAUAGUUCAAUAUCUGUAAAGAUGGCUUCAGAGCAUGCUCUGAGAAUACUGUAUGCAGCUCUGAUGUCUCUAUCCAGUGCAUCAUCCAUCUGCGGGAACAUGCUCCUCCUGCUGGUUCUCUUCCUUAACAAGGAUCUACGCAGCGACACACUAGGUUUUGUAGUUAGCUUCAGCCUCAGCGACCUAGCCCUGGGACUCUCUGCCCUCCCGAUCGGUGCCUACACCAUCCUGUCUGAGCCAACUGGCUAUACCAGUGAUGGCGUCUUCUGUCAAGGCAGUGGAUUCCUGUUUUUGCUUCUACUUACUUCCUCCGUACACUCUCUGACCUGGGCUAGCAUCAACAGGUUCACUCAGAUCUGCUUUGCCCUCAGCUACCCCCGCAUCUGGACAACAGGCCGCAGUAGGGCAGUGCUGUUGUCUCUCUGGUUCUUCUGCCUACUGAUCGCAACACUGCCCCUUGUGGGCUGGGGGAGCUACACCUAUGACCAGGCCCGUUUUCUGUGCUGCCCAAGCUUCACUCCAGAAAACAGAAACUACCUUUUGCUGUGGCUGUUGCUUGGAAUCAUGGUUCCGAUUCUCACCACGUGUUCUCUGUAUGGAUACGUAGUGUAUGUGGCCAGGAAGCAGGCGCGCAGGGGGACGUUUGUGUGCAACGAGCUGCAUUGUUUCUAUGUUCCUGCCAACAUGUACCUAAGGAGCUCUGUUGUGAUGGUGGUCACGUCAUUGUGUCUACUGGUCUGCUGGAUUCCCUUUGUCUCCAUGUGUUUGUAUGAGACUUUCACUGGUCAACACAGUCUGUCUGCAUUCUCAGCUUUCUCAGUCUGGUUGGUGCUGACUGGCUCUGCCCUAAACCCUUGGAUCACCUGCCUGACACAGACGUGAGUCUCUGUGCAAAUAUUUUUAACAAAACCUGCUUCAAUCAUCAAACUGAACCAUGGCCUGUCUGUCUGACUGUCUGACUGUCUGUCUGUCUGUCUGUCUGUCUACAUAAGGUACAGGGCAGCAGUGUGUCAUACUGUGGCCACGUUUUUCAAAAAAUGUUUCUGCUCAAAUGUGCAUACUGAAACCCAACCACAGAGCUCCGUCUUCCACCUAAACCCAACUAAUCACAGCAUUACAACAACAACACGACCUUCAUCAACUCCUAAGACUCAAACACCAACAGCUUCAUGAACAAUGGCCCCCAAACACAAGUGAGCCGUUUGUGACAUCACAGCAGCAUCCAGCUCUUCACUAACUGCUACAGUAAACCUAACCCAGAUGAUCUGAGGGUCAGGACAUCAAACGAGGUCUACGGUCGGGGAU